GUCAUUUUGUGUAGUUAACAACUUCGAUACACCAGUUCAUCAUUAGUUACCGUUACACCAUAAUUUGAUCUAAAAAAUAAAGAAAAUGGAGAAAACAGUGAAAAUGCAAGAUAAUUCAGCAACUGAUGAGUCAGUAGCCGGUUUUUUCAAUGGCUGUCUUUUCCGUGGUCCGUCCGGUAGUACAGGUUACUUUAUGACUAAAGCCUACAAGGAGAUCGCUGAUGACGUUUUGAACCUGGCCGUUCGACCUGACGAUGUGUGGGUGACUGGAUUUCCUCGGUCUGGAACAACACUUACACAAGAGUUGGUCUGGCUAGUGGCGACCGAAUGCGAUUAUGAGACGGCUUCAAAGAUACCUCUGAUGUCACGAUAUAUGUUUCUCGAAGGACAAGUGUCAGUUAAUUUUAUGAAAACAAAACUGAAAGGCGAAAUAUCUGAAGCCGUUUUUACUCUUGACGACAUCAACUCAGCGCCCUCGCCUCGGUUCAUAAAAACUCAUACGGCCUUCUCACUUUUGCCCUCAAAUUUACUGGACACCACCAAAGUAGUGUACAUAGCUAGGGACCCGAGGGAUGUAGCCGUAUCCAACUAUCAGUACUCAAGGAAGUUGUUUAAAUAUACUGGGGACUUUAAAACGUUUUGGAAUAUUUUCGUGAGUGACUUACACAUAUUUUGUCCAAUUUUGGCGCAUGUAAAAGAAGCUUGGGAGCUCCGUCGUCAUCACAAUAUGAUGUUUAUAUUUUACGAAGAUUUGCUGAAGGAUAUACCUUUAUAUAUCAAACGGGUAGCAGAUUUUCUUAACAAAAAGUUAACGGAUGAUCAAAUUACAAAACUUACUGAACACUUGAAUAUUAAGAACUUUAGGAAAAACGAGUCUGUUAACCCGACCUGGAUCGAUAAGAGUGGCGACCCCAAUGCUGAAGGUUUUAUUAGAAAAGGGGGCGCGGGCGGUUGGCGGCAGUACUUCGAUGAGGAGAUGACUGUGCAGGCGCAGCGCUGGAUGCGAGACCACCUCACCGGCUCCAACCUGCGUUUCCCCGAACAUACCUCCUAGUCACUAUUACCUCUUCAUUCAAAUCUGUUAAAAAAAAAAAAAGAAUCAUUUAUUUCAGAUAAAAAAAAUCCAUAUUAUCAUUAUUAUCACACAUUUUAACAUAUAAACAAACAUUUAAACAAAAAUUAUUAUUUUAUACAUUUCAACAUUAAAAAUUAAAUAACAAUUGUUACGUUUAGAUGGCUGGCAAUAUUUAGGCGGCUGAGUCGCCGAGACAUGUAUAGAUCACACAUCUCAUGCCGACAUAAUCUCGAUCUCGCGUCAGUAUGUGCUAGCCGAGUUAAAUACACAUAACAUAAAAGAUAAACCAGUUUCUACAUUUCAUCACCCUACCUUGGUUACCUACCCUGUCUGGGGGGAUAUUUAUUAUUAAAACAAAUGCAAUAAAAGUUUGAAACUAAAGUUA